CCUCGUUUACCGAAUGGACAACAACCCCGAAAGCUGCGCGACAGCUGCAUUCAUUGUGCGAACUCCAAAGUCAAAUGCAAUAAAGAAAAGCCGGUAUGUGGUCGUUGUGUGCGACGUCGUCUGAUAUGCGAAUAUAAGGUGUCUCGACGAACUGGUCGUACCUCACGUACUACCAACCAGAUAUCCGGGGCGUCGACAGCAUCAUCCAAGACCAACAGCACCACAGCAACAUCGCCCACAUCUCACACAACGAAUAUCGACGCCUGCUCUGGUGUUUUGUCCGCUGGCCUUGUCACAAGUGCUCCUUCUCAGACGCCUUUAUUAACACCCAGUACAACUCUUCCUACAGCCCAUUCUUCCCCGGAACACUGUCCACCCCACACACCAGACAUCUGGCGCUCUAUUCUCUCGCCGAGUGCAUUAGGCCCGGAUGUCGAGGCGUUUUCCUCGCUCAUGCCCAUGGGGGUGGAUGUCGGGGACAUAUUCGCCUCGGUAAUACCAUCCCCCCAACUCGACGCCUGCGACUUGGAUGCCCUCCCCGCUCAGGGCUUGAGGGAUAGCCUCUCAAUUGCCGACCAACCACUAUUCCCUGCACCAGGGCUUGUCGAUGCUGAGAAUAUAGGCUUUUCAAGUCCCUCAUUGAAACCACCAACUUGUUGUUUGACCGUUGUGCUAAAUAUCCUCACCAAUCUAUUCCCGAACGCACCGACGGCGUGUAGGCGGCCCGGAAAUCAGCCAGGUCCUAGUCAAGUUCGAACAAUAGAGUCUGUCAUCUCACAAAACAAAGAAAUCAUUGACACUAUCAAUACCAUUCUAGAUUGUCCCUGCUCGCAGGAUGAAUACGUGAUAUCCAUCGUAUCCUUGGCUGUAUUCAAGCUUAUGGGGUGGUAUGUCGCUGCAGCAAGAGAUAGCACCUCAACCUUCGAAGACAUGAUGGGAUGGGGCACGGAUUUCACCACCCACUUGGAUCGGUCAAGCCCUGCUUCGUUCCAUGAACAAGUCUUGCAUUUGCCUACUGUCGUCGGCAAUUAUUGCAUCGAGGGCAAUGAUCAAAGUCGGAUGGCGGCACAACUCGUCCUUAGCGAGCUGCAUCGGGUACAGCGCCUGGUCAAUGUGCUGUCCGCUCGGUUAGAAAGUAUUCGACAGAGAACUUGUCUCUCAUCAAAUUCUAUAUCCAGUUCCAACAGCAAAACUGACCUGGGCGAUAUCUCGCUACAUGGUGGAAUGCGGGCAUCUCCAUUCUCGGGUCCAACCUUCUCACAGUUGGAAGAAGAUCUUCGCAAGCGCCUUCGCGCCAUAUCCUCUGAGACGAUUGAAAUCCUUCGUCGAGCAUAG